ACCUGGUUCACCUCACCUGUCMGUCAGUUAACUCCGCCCACCAGGACCUGUCGCCGGUGGUAACCAGGAUGUUUCACACAGCAGAGUCUGAAGAGCGUGACGGACGUCCAUUCGUCCUCUGGUGCUUGUACUUCAACAUGGCCGACGGCUCGGCGCUGGAGGACAGCGGUCACCAGCUGCCCUGUAACGUCUUCAUGUGUUCUGGUCCAGAUGUUAGUCUGAGCCAUGAACGCUCCAUCAGACAGGCAGAGGCCAUCUUUCAGAAGAUCCUUCCUGAUGAGGACUUCUGUCCUCCAGCUCCAAACCCUGAGGACAUCAUCUAUGACGGAGACUCCGCCCCCUCUGAGGACGUCAUCUAUGAUGGAGACUCCGCCCCCUCUGAGGACAUCAUCCAUGAUGGAGACUCCGCCCCCUCUGAGGACAUCAUCAAUGACAGAGACUCCGCCCCCUCUGAGGACAUCAUCUAUGAUGGAGACUCCGCCCCCUCUGAGGACAUCAUCUAUGAUGGAGACUCCGCCCCCUCUGAGGACAUCAUCAAUGACGGAGACCCCGCCCCCUCUGAGGACAUCAUCUAUGAUGGAGACUCCGCCCCCUCUGUGGACGAGGAGGGAGCAGCGAGCCAGGAGUGACCUUUGACCUUAAGCUUUAAUGUUGCCUUUAUUUGUUUUUAUUUUCUGCAUGAAUAAAGUUGAAGCUGAACACCA